AGAGACGAAAGAAAAUUAAUGAUAUAUAAAUCUGGGGGAAAAUCAAUCCCUUUGGGAAAAAUCGAAAGAAGCCACCCAAAUGCAAAGCUAUCAUCACAAUCGAAGCAGCAGCAGUAGCAGGAGGAGGAGCAUUGUUCAACGGUCCAGAUUCAUCCUCCCUUGUUUCUCAUCAUCGCCACUCUCCCUCUUCGUCGUCCUCGCGGCCGCUGUUCCUUUCCCGAUCUACUUCUCCGGUCUCCUCUCGUCUCUCUCCGGCAGAAACAACAAGGCGGCUUCAACCAUGAGAGUGAACUCGAACAUAGCUUCGACGAAUAUAACGUGUACCACUUUCAACGUCUUGGCUCCCAUUUACAAACGCGUUGAUCAACAGAAUCAGAGCAUUCGUGAGAGUCAGUUUCGCGCGCUUUGGUUAACUCGGAACCAAAAGAUUUUGGAUUUAUUACUCAAUCAGCGCUCUUCAGUCAUUUCUCUCCAGGAAGUGUGGGUAGGGAAUGAGGAACUGGUGAACAUGUACCACGACCGCCUUGCCUCUGCUGGCUACACUACUUUCCAGCUUGCUAGAACUAACGCUCGUGGCGAUGGUCUUUUAACAGCCAUACAUAAGGACUACUUUAAACUUGUUAAUUAUCGGGAGCUGCUUUUUAAUGAUUUUGGAGACCGUGUUGCUCAGCUCUUACAUGUCAAGUCUAUUGUUCCUUUCCCGCUUAAUGAGAAUCAAGAUGUUCAGCAAGAGGUUCUUAUAGUCAACACUCAUCUCUUGUUCCCACAUGAUUCUAGUUUGUCUCUUGCAAGAUUGCAUCAGGUUUACAAAAUUCUCGAAUAUCUGGAAGCUUACCAAAAGGAAAAUAAACUUACUCACAUGCCCAUUAUCCUCUGCGGUGACUGGAAUGGAAGUAAGCGUGGGCAUGUCUACAAGUUCUUGAGAUCGCAAGGGUUCAUAUCAUCAUAUGAUGUUGCUCAUCAGUAUACGGACAGUGAUGCUCAUAGGUGGGUAAGCCAUAGAAACCACAGGGGAAACAUAUGCGGAGUUGAUUUCAUAUGGCUCUGUAACCCUUCUAGCAGCAAUUCAAGAAAACCAUUGAGAACAAGUUGGGUGGAAGCUGUUUUCAGCAUUAUCAAGUAUCAAGUCCAGAAAGCUUCCAUAGCUGAAGACAAGGCCUUUGCUUUUCUUGGGGAAAAUAAUCACAGUGAUUCAUUAACAUACUCUGGCUUUUGCCAAGCACUUCAAAAGGUAAAUCUAACGGGUAUGCCACAUGGGCUUAGCUUUCAAGAGACAAAAGAGCUGUGGGAUCGAGCUGAUAUUGAUGGAAAUGGUGUCUUCGACUAUGAAGAACUUAAGAAAAUGUGGAACAUGACAGUGAUGGUUCAAUCUGAAAACUGCAAAGAGAGCAUGAUGGAGACUAAGAAAGAAGAAGGAGAAGAUAAGGAAGAAGAAGCGAUUGGACUGAAAGUGAAGAAAGCUGUUUUGUUCCCGGAAGAAGCAGAGAAAGGAAUGUGGCCUGAGAAUUACAAUCUCUCCGAUCAUGCUUGUCUCACCGUACAAUUCUCACCGGUCAAAGUGCUCUGUAGUUAAGUUUUGUUUGGCUCUUGUACAUGUAAAGAAGCAAUGUGAUUUGAGAUGUGCAACACAAGAACUUUUACAAACCUUUUUAAAGUUUGUAUAGUUUUGAGACAAGGUUUUGAGCCUUUGUAGCAUCACUCUGGUUUCAGACAAAUUAAAGAGUGCUUUUUUAUUGGAUC